CUUCUUUCUGCAGGAGUCGCCCCCUGCUGGCCGCUAGAGAGGACGCAGGUUCAAGUCGCCCCCUGCUGGCUGCUAGAGAGGACGCAGGUUUAAGGCUUCACUUUCAGACCUGGAGGUUCCUGUUUGGUUGUAGCACACAGCAUAACUCAGUGGCUGUAUUUGAAACCGCCUACUAUACUAUUAGUACGUACUGAUUUGGCCCAUAUGUAGUAUGCAAACAAAAGCAAAAUCUGCAGUAUGGCAAAAAUGCUCGGAUGGCGUACUGAUUCGGGAAAAAUCUCCAGUAUGCCUUGGACCAGUCUACCUCGCGUACUGUGGCCCAUUAUGUAAAGCGCUAGAACUGUAACAACAACAGAACUUUUUUUACAAUUUUCAAAUGCUGUUUCAUCACUAAAUCCACUUCUAACAAGUUUGGAAGCGAGAAAUCAACUGUGUAGAUUUUAAAUAUCGGCAGUUUUAGGGAAAUUGUUGGCGAAUCGAGAAUGUGCUUGAAAGUUUUCAGUGUUCAGAAGCUCCGCAAAUGCAGCGGGGGAAGCUAACGAGCCGGCCCGCGGGCAACAACUUGAGAGUACAGAUCUGCAGCUGUGAGACAGUUUAAAUGUUCGUACCGGUGUUAUUCUGUCAUUACAGUCUGAGUAAUGUUGAAACGUUAAAUAAAGAGACAUCUGGCUCGUGAUGGGCAGGCUUGUGUAAGGUAGAAGCACUUUGACACAAAAAUAAACAACAAUAGCAGUAUGAAAGGGGACUGUUUAUUAUCAUUAAUCUAAAUAGACCUUACAUUGUUGUGUUUUAGUACUUUCUUUUUAUUUGCUUUUAUCUUAUAUAAUUCUUAUUUAUGCACCAAUAUACCGAAGCAAACAUCUGCUACAGAUCUCUGUCUGUACUCUGAUUGGUUUUUCAUUACUAAAUGCCUUUUAAAAAUAUGUUAUUUAAAGAAGAAUAAAUUCACAGUGCACAAACAGUAAUCAAAUUUAAUAUUCUGUUUUACAGCAGCAAAGUAAUAAUAUGAAAUCAGUGUCUCACUGGAAACAGCUCCACUUACUUCCAGUAACGGGCAGAGUUACGGUCACCUGGUGAAAUCUGCUCUCCGCUCACUGAGCCCCUCCCCUCCUGUCUCAGCUGCAGCGUGGAGGCUCGCUCUUCUAUUGGCUACUGAAAAUGAUUGUUCAGGCCUUUAACUCGCGCUCAGUGAGCCGGUUUGGUAAGCUGUCUUUGUGUUUCAGGCUCACAAGGAGAUCCAGACUCUGCAGAACGAGGCGGCGAGACUGAAGAGUCUGAAGAUCUGUCUGAACCAGCAGAGGAACGCCUACAUCAGAGAGAUCGCCCGAAGAUCAGGUAAAAGUGAACGGAGGAUCAUGAGGACGCUGCAGCACCCGGCAUCCAAACAGAAGAAGGUGGGGAAGCGGGAGAGACACCGUGCAGCCAAUCACGUGCCGGCAGGAGACACGAUCGAUGAUGACAUUGUAAUCAUAUCCUCCGACCUGCCGCAGCAAACUCCACAAGCUCCUCCCACUCUUGUUUCUGCCCCGCCCACCAGCACACCUUCAGCCACACCUUACCAAACACCGGUCCAGCAGCCUCAGAACAACAGUCAGAAGGUCUUGCAGGUGACUCCUCCCGGUGCAUCCCCCAAUGCAUUAGCGGGGAGGGACAGGCCGAGGACUAUCCCCAACAUCCUGUCCCGCAGUAAGAAUCCAGCUCCGCUGUCGCCCCUGCUCACAAAGACUCACAGCGAGGAGUUGCCUUCUUUUCAGGCUCUGGUUCCGGCUGAUGUUCUAUCCCUUGUCAGCGCCACAUUGCCAGGGCAGCCGGUCCUGACCCUGAGCCCGAUAAUGACUGGGCCGACGGUUCUACAGACGUCUCCUACACCAGGCUUGGCCUCAGUCACCCUCAACUUCCCCAGUCUGACCAAUCAGCAGAUCCAUCUCACCUCACUGCCCCACCCCCCAACCGGUAAGAACUGCAGUAGCUCCGCCCCCCCACAAUGUCACUAACCUCUCGGGUAACUA